AUGGCGCAAAAAGGUACAUCUACCGCCCGGAAGUCUGCAAAGCUGGCUACCAGUCGGAAGCGUCCUGGGGCUGUAGAUCAGUCGAUCGCUGUCUCAAAAGGGACUCCCGCUACCCCGGAAGAUGUAGACGAAGAGCAACCCGCUAAACGCCGCAAGUCCGAGGGUGGCCCUACGAAGACCAGAGAGUGCGCCACUAAGGAUGCACCUCCUAAGCUCAAGAACGGAGGGCUCCCGUUCAACGCGACCUGGUACAACUCGCCCCUUGAACACCCAAAGGUGUACGGUAUGAAGGAUAAAGCUUAUGUACUUGAUACCUACCGUGACCUUGCAGACAUCAUCGCGCGUGUCACCGAGGAUCACGGUCGUAUGAAGGCAUCAUUGAUCAAGAAAGGAUUCCUGCCUGAAUCGGAUGACGAGCAGUCCGAAGAGGAGAACGUGUUUCCUGUGGAGUGA